AUAUUCGUAAGUUAAGUGGAAAAAUAAAGAAAGUAAGAAUAGAAAAGAAAAGAAAAGGAAAAAGGAAAAACCGCGGAACGAUACAGGGAUUGGGGAUGAUCCGCUUUAUCAAAAAUGACAUAUGUCACCCAUGCUCCACAUGUCUCAAGUUGGCAUUGUAAUGAUGAUGGCCCUUCCCACAGGAGCAUCCGAAAGCUGAUUAAUUUAUAUGAAUGAGACCCAAUCGCUAGCUGAUCAUUCCACGAUUAAACCAAAUAUCAAAGGUCGCAACGAUACAUACCGAAACGUUUCUCUGAGCUCGAAUAAGCCUUCUUUAAUUCGAGGGGGUAGAGAAGCCGCCGUCCAGGACUCAGACCAGGAGCAUGACUCUCCUGGAUUCAAUCCCCGAUUGGUCCCAUUUGUGACUCAUAUCAAUGGAUGUGCCUAGAUGCGGAGGACUGUUUUCAGAAAUUGGUUUUGCCGGCAUGCUGGUUCGAGAGUAGUUACGUCGGAGCGUAUCACCACCUACUCACAGAUGGUGACGCUCUGGGUCUCGCCAACUGUGUUAUAUGUGACUAUCAACACGUCUCUGAGCCGGGAGUGGCUCAGGAAUAUGCGUAUGAGCAUAACAUCAAUGAUGAGAUAGUCAUGAGUUGCGCUGAUUCAAAUGACUGUCGGGACCUGCUCAUUAGCAGUGCUGAAGAUGUGGACGUAUUAGGCAUGUCACUAUAUGGCUCGUCUUUGACCGAGAAGAUCAAGGAGCUGGCUGGGGUGAGUGAAAAUUCUGAAAUCAAUGUUCAGCCGUUGGUAAAUGGUAAAGCAUCUUUAACACUUCAGACUGGUGCUUUGAUCUACCGCCGUUAA